AUGGCUUGUGCCUUGGGGUCGCUACGACUGUGUCAGGAAAGCUCGCAUCCUUUAACGGCCCACCGCCGCAAAUUAGAGGCGGUUGAGCAUUACAGCGCGGGGCUUCGGCUCUUGUCGACCGCCAUCCGAGAUCUUAAGCAGAUGUCUGAUUUGGACUUCAUUCUUGCUACUCUCUGGCUCAUGAUUUCAUUGGAGCGGACAUACGGCGAUGGCACUGGAGCGGGUCUCUCGACUCACCUACAAGGCGCUGCUUUGUUACUCCAAGGAAGACUAAGAAACCUCCGAAACAUCGUCGCCGAGAAUGGCCCUCCAUUUGACGCGCAAGGGGCUGAAGUCAUGCAGUCUCGUUCCGAAGAAGAACCGUGGCACAUCACUUGCCUUUCAAGCCAGAUGCUCAUCUGGAUCUCCCUGACAGAUGGCGGUGCAGCUCUCCAUGGGAUUGAGGCUGCCCUCAACGACCUACUUGGUGAAACUAUGUCGGCCCUUGCCGAGAAUGAAGCCAUGUCGCGACUCAGGGGAUUUAAUAUUCUUCAAAAGCACGCAAUUAUGGUAUACCGUGAAGUUUGGGGCGCGAGUUAUCCUCAACACGAGCUCAUUGAAGACCUACAGUGCAGUCAAAUUUUCUGCCUCCAAGCGGAAGCAGGCCAGCUUCGCUACAUGCUCUCUAAACUUGCCCCUGUUGACCAAAAUUCCGACUCGAGCCUAGGUUUUGACAAGGAGACUUUGGCGUACGCCAUAGAAGACGUUGGACUGAGGUAUAAAGACGUCCUUAUGGCCGCAAGGUUAAUAGAACUACCGAAAGAUGGCCCACAGAGGACAUAUGUGCUGAAUGUCCGGAUCAUUGUUCCGUUCUACCAUGCGGUUGUCCUCUGCUUUUACAGCCUCGUCAAUUCGUCGACGGCGUUAAGUACCAAGCAAACCGCGUCAUUGCGAGAGAUAAUGACCCUCGCCUUCCGUACUUAUAGUGAUCAAGGGGAUCAGGCCAUGCGGCGAAUAGCCUGGCCUCUGUUCGUGGUGGCGCUUGAGUCCGAUGACAUGAUUCAUCGGGCUUGGGUUCUGGAGCGAUUUGAAGUUCUUAGGAAGGCAGGCGAGAACUUACGCAGGGCCCAUGAAGCUCUCCAUACUGCAUUUCCCCAGAAAAAUCUACAUGAAAGGCGCCUUAGGUAUUCGGAACUGCUCAGACAUAGCGGGAUUGAUCCAUUUGUGAUCUGA